CCUCAUUAUAACAAUACCAAAUUAAUACAAUUACUAAUACCAAUCAUAGAAUAUACUCAGUAUAACAGGCACGGAUACCCAGCUGACAUCUUUAGCUGUUUAUAGUGUUAAUUUUGAAGUUUGUGGACGCGCAAAAGCCGCCAAAUUAUAAAGCGAGUCAAACGGGGAAGCGCAAGAGCCAAAUCUUUCUCCGCUUCGCACUGAAUUCUCAGUAAGUUGUGUCUGCGUCCUGUCCAAUCACCGAGCCGUUUGUUGGGGGAAUCCCGCCCCUCUCCUCGCAUGCUCCCAAUCCGUUUUCGCAACCAGCCCGAACGCCCACCCCAUUGGCCGAAGCCCAAGCAUGGGUAGCUAGCCGUUGCGACGGUUAGGCCGUUCAGACGGGUUCUGGGUUGCCGUCUGAGGGAGCAACGUCACUUCCGCCCGGAAUCCGCUGGGGGGGGGAGAGAAAAGCGCAGCCAUUCGGCGAAGGCGGAGACUCGGCGGACGGCUGAGCCCGCCCUUCUCCCGCCUCUGAGGAGCGGAAGGAAGGACAAGCGGGCAGCGCCAGAGCCGAGAACAACGGGCGCCCCUCCCUCCCGGAGAUACGGGGGCUCGGGACGGGAGGGGACCGUCACCGUCGACGCCGCCCUCCCCUCCCCCCGCCCAGGUGAGGGAGGCCGCGAGAGCAGGAGGGCAACGGCCGUUGGGCGCGCGCGCUCCCGCGUGCUGCGCCGUGAUUGGGCCGUGACAUGCGAGGGGCUGUGGGGGAGCGCGCGAGGGAGGGGCGUGGCAGGCGGCGGCGGGCGCGCAGCCUCGCCAUUGGCUGCGGGGCGCGCGGCGGGGGUGGGGCGAGGCGAGGCGUGCUGCGGUUGGGUGGCCGCGGGGUCGCGGGAGGUGUGUGGUGGGGGAGGGGUUGGUUGGCGUUCCUUCGCGAGCACGCGCACUUGAGGAAGCCCGUGGAGGGCGGUUGGCCGAGAGCGCCCGAGGCGGCUGCUUUCCAUCCCCUCAGCGCGGCCUGUUUCGGAGGGGGGCGGGGCGGGCUCUUUCGGCGCAGGUGCGCAUGCUCCGUGGUGGUCCGAGGGGCGGCGUGAUUCCGUGACAGACGUUGGCCGGGCUGUCAACGGAGAGGGAGCGCGAGGUUCCUGCCGCCACGCCCCCUUUCUCCCCUCCCCCUCCUCCCUGGGCUCCCUCCCGGCGAGGGCGGGGCAUGGACUGGUGAGUGGCCUGUGGGGAGGGGCGCCUCCUGCCCUAGACGGGGGGGCUGCCCCUGUUCUCUGUCAUCGGCCCGCUUUGCAUAGGCCUAACUGACUGGGGGUGGCUGGGUGGGAGGGGGCUGCACUUGAGAGCCUCCAUUGUGUCGCUCUUCUGCCCUUUGAAGGGAGGGGGCUGUGAAACGUUUAGUGUUUGGGUUUUGUUUUUAAAAAAAUCAUGCCUCGAAUGCUAAUUUAGAAAGGCAGGAUCUCAACAGAUGCAUGAAAUCAAGUGUCUUCUUUGGCGAUCCCUCGUAGCCAAGUCAGAUUGUCUUCCAUGAACAUGGUUUUAACAGUGAGUCUGUAAGGGACUGUGGAGGGCAAUUCUGGAUCCACACGUCCUUCCAUAGGUUUCCAGGUGGGGGUUGAUCACUGUGAGGGUUUGCCAAGUGUGCCUUCCUCUUAGCACAUUUCUCCCUUUCGUUCGGAGUUCAAGCGUCUUCAAAACCCAUGACACCUUUGAUAAAGGCUGUUCAGGACACAGUCGUCUUUGAACACGUCUCCCCGCCCCCCCCCCCCCGCCCCUUCGCAGAAAAAGCUUGAAUUGGGUGCAGGGGAGUUGGCAGGCCUAAUUUCAAGUGGGCUCGGCUGCCUUGUAACGUCGUCUUUCUCUUGCAGUUCAUAAGGGCAUGGCGGGGCUAUAAAUAGGCCAGCAUGGUCCUUGCGAAAACAAGCCUCAGGACCCAAUGCUUGGAGUGUGUUCUGUGUUUUGGAAAGAGCGGCACUUUACCCUUAACUUUCAUUUGCCCUGCUGAGUAAAAGAUACAGGAGCCAUCCCAGAUUCCUUUGCAUGGAGUAAAUAAGUAUUGGUGCUGCUGCCUUUGAAAAGAGCCCUCUGUUCUACUGCCAUUAUCCAAGAAGACAGGCAUAGUUGCAUUCUGUUCUAGAACUGUCCACACAUCUAUUUCAAUUGUGGAAAGACACCAGAUGAGACUUCAGGGAUUGUCAGGUGUGGACCUAUGCUGAGGUACCCAAGAACCAGUUGGUAACUAUAAAUCUUCAAUAGUUUUGUCAUGGGGGUAUUUUGGAUGUAAAGGUCUACUUUCAUCUAGGACUGAAACUAUUUCAGAAUAAUUUCUGCUGUGUUGCCUCUUUUCUCGGACAUGUUGUCCAUAAACAUACUACUUCUUGGAAAUUCUUUAUGCAAUUAAGUUCUUAUCACUGACUGUCAGUUGCAAUUUGCAACAUAAAAAGUCACUUGAAAAGGAAGCUGCCUUAUCCUAAAUCGGACCAUUGGUUUAUCUAGCUCAAGAUUGUAUAUACUGAUUGGCAGCGACUCCUGAGUAUUUCAGACACUACCUAGAUGUGCUAGGGAUCGACCCUAGCACCUUCUUUAUAUAAAACAUAUACUCUACCAUUGAGCCAUGGCUCUUCCCCAGCUACUACUAAUUCUUUCUUUGCAGGAAGAAAAAAGGAAGAGAACAUAAUAAACCUUUGGAGCAGAACUUGGUAAUAGUGUGGACACUCUGAGAAAACUGCACAAAUAUCCUACAAAGAAAAUUCUAAAUUUUAAUGACUUGUACUUAUCAUUAAAUAGGAACAUGAGGAAUGACCUCAAAGACUAGAAAGUAUAGAAAACAAAUAUUCAUGUUUUAGCCAUGGUGCAGUUCAUGGUGUCUUUAGCUGUAGUUUAUCUCUCAAAACAAUGAGCAGGGAAAAACUAAUUUCUAAGCUUUUUUAUCAGCUUAGAAAAUGUAGCCUUAAGUCACAAACUGUAAAAUGUGAUUGUGUUUUGCUGUUGUAACAUUAUGAUGUUCUUUUUUAGGGUGACUUACUAAGUUUAAAUAAGCAUGUUUUACACGCUAAGAGCACAAUUGAUCUCUGGAACUUAUAUAACCAGGUUCCCUCCAUAUGUUUUGCAUUACAACUCAUAGUAGCCUCAGCUAGCACAGCAGAUGGUUAGCUAAUGUGGUUGCAGUACAAAAUAUCUGGAGGGCACCAGGUUGGGGAAAAGUGAAUUACAGCAUAUGACAGUUGCACAUAGCCAAGUAAGAGUCACUAGCUCACAAUUCCUUAGUUUUUUAGCACUCUGAAUUAUAAAUUGAAAUGCUUGGAGCACACUUAAUCUUAGUAAGAGUCACAAUGCAUUCCCCUUUGAGAGCUGGACAUGAUUAAGCAAGACUAGUUCUCUUACUAUUUUUCCCUAAAGCAGGAGAGUUGAAUUCAAAACAGAUUAAAGGGCCAAAUUCCCUACCCAACAGAUGUCCAGAGGCCACAUCCACCCCUUUUCAUCAAAAAUAAGUAAUUUUGUACCAAACUGUCCACUCCACCUUAAUUAGGCACCAAAUUUUUACAAAACAGGAAUGGCUACCAUAGUUCCAACAAGUUACCUGUAUAAUGUUAACAGUAUCUUAAGAUAGCAAAUGGAUACUUUGUAAGAAUACUUCAUUGUGUCAUGGAAUAACAUCCAUGAAUGAGUCAGUCCCUUUAAGCAUUAGCCCAUGAGCAUUAGCUUUCAAUUCCUAAAGAUAGAAUUAUUUUGUCAAAAAGUAAACACAAUGGGUCUUCAAUUCUGCAUUAAAUCUUAUCAUACUUGCAGCUGGCACAGCUGCUGCAUUAUCCAGAGGUUGUUCUUGGAGACUUGGCCACUAUUGGAAAUGGGAUAAGAUGGACCUUCUUGCAGAAACAUGGAAGCAGCCACUUGUCAUUCCAGAUUAUGGUUACUGAGUUCCUAGUACCCAAUGGAGGAGCAUCCCUCAGUUUGUCACAGUAUUUCUUUAAUUAUUCUUACCACUUUGAACUGAGGAAAUAAUUGGUUUAUUCAGUUUUGAUUUCUUUUGACAUUUUGUUCAGCCUAAUAAAAAUAUUGCCCAAUUUGGAUUUUGAAAUCUUAUGAAACAACGUAUCUGCUUUUUAUAUUAGAUAUAUAGCUAUCAGUAGACUUAUUUGUUUGAUUCCGUUAGUGCAUAUGUAUUUAACUGAAUGAUAAAAGUGGUAAAUACAGUAUUAGUUAUUCAUGAAUAAGGCCUAGUGAAUAUUUUCUGAAUAAGAACAAAAAUGAAACUUAAUGAUUGGCAUAAAGGAAACUGGCCAUUUUACCAAAAAUAUUUUUACCAGUUGAAAAAAAGACUUCAAACUGGCAGUUUCAAAAAAGGCAAUCGAAAGAGAAUUCAGUUGUUGUUCUCUGACUUGAUGGCAAUUUGCUGAGCACUAAAGCCUUUAAAGCUAAGAACUGGCAUAUUUUGGAACCAAGUAGUGGAGGGGGAAACUUUUUCAAAGGGGAAGGCGGCAGGCAAAACCCCUUUAAAAUUUCAGUUUUCAGCUAUGCAUAUGAAUUGUUUAUUUUAAAAAAUAAUUCAAAAUAUUUUCAAACUAAAAGAAAUUAUUUGAUAAACUGACUCACCAAAGUAUAAGCAACAAGCAUAGAGUAUAAGCAGAUCUUGAACGGUUCACAUACUUCAGAUGCCAUAACUAAACCUGUUACCUUUCUUAUCAGGGUAAGAGCCUCUUUCUAGAAACAGCUGGAAAGUGGUCUUCCAUCUUCAUGGCCUUGGUUCCCCUCCCUGGGGGUUCCCAACUACCCAAGUGACCUUAGUAAUUGGUCUUCAAUGUUCUCUGACAUGCACAAGGGGCAUCUGACCACAGGAACUGACCAGGUUCUGGCACGUUUUGUGGAGUAGAAGCCCACAAGGGCAGUAGAGAGUCAAACCUGUUGUGUGCUGUGUUUCCUGGGCAGCCAGUUCUACUUGCCACUGGCAAACUGCAAAACUGCACUCAAUUACUCUCUCUCUCGGCUAAUCCCAGAAUUUCUUCAGAGUUGAAGAAAUGAUUAUUAAUGCGCAGUGACAAAUCUAGCCCUAGGGCCAGAUUGUACAGCAAACCAUGACAUAAGACAGGCUUAUGUUGGGUCUGCUGAGUGCUGGAUAAGGUAACCUGUUGCAGCCCAUGCAACUCAAGCUGCUAGUUGUCCUAUGGCCUUGUUAUAUAUGCAGCUAUUGAGUGUGCUGGGAAUUCAAACAUUUCUUUUGUGGGUGUUUCAUCUGUCUGCUUGCUCAGCUGUUAACAUUCCUCCCCUUCUUGGUAUCCCCCUGUAAUUUCUUUCGACUAAUUGCAUCUGAGUAUUUUGUAUAAGUAUCUUAUACUUCUCUCCAGCACAGUCUCUGCAGUCUAACAUUAAACAAGCCACAUGCUCCUAAACUGAUCUCCUGGACUUGCCCAGCUCUUUUGUAUUGCAGUCUAAACUUUGGUUUCCAUUUUCAAGCAGAAUCCCAUUGUGUGUCUAAGGCCUGAAGCUGUUGCAUUCACAUUCCUACAAACUAAGGAAAUCAUGUGUAUUUCAAUAUGGUGGUGAUAAGUUUUAAAAACAAGCCUAGUACAAGAGCUUCAAUUAUCAAACGUCUACUGUAUUGGCCUGACUAUAAGCCACACUUUCCCCCCAAAUUCUGACCGUGAAAAGUUAAAGUGCAGCUUAUAUUUGCGACCUUACAGAAUGCAGCCAGGAGCGCAGCAAAGUGGCACCCGCCCUGUGCGUAGUCCCCUGUCCUCUCCCCCAAGGCUGGGAAGGGAGAGAAUGAGGAAGGGGAAAGGCCGCCAGCUUAUAUUUGGGCCAGGCUUAUAUUUGGGCCAAUAGAGUAUAUUUUGUGCCCCAUUUGUGUGUUAAAAACCAGAAGUUUGGUCCUUGUUUUUACAUCAUAUUCUCUCUCUUCGUAGGAUCAUGGAUUUUCCAGGGCACUUCGAGCAAAUCUUUCAGCAGUUGAACUAUCAGCGGCUUCAUGGUCAGCUGUGUGACUGUGUCAUUGUGGUGGGGAACCGGCACUUCAAAGCACAUCGCUCAGUCCUGGCAGCAUGCAGCACACACUUCCGUGCUCUUUUCACUGUAGCAGAAGGAGAUCAGACCAUGAACAUGAUCCAGUUGGACAGUGAAGUAGUGACAGCUGAAGCUUUUGCUGCUCUCAUUGAUAUGAUGUACACUUCCACACUCAUGCUUGGAGAGAGCAAUGUUAUGGAUGUGUUGCUAGCAGCUUCUCACCUCCAUUUGAACUCUGUGGUUAAAGCCUGCAAACACUACCUUACUACAAGGACACUACCAAUGUCUCCACCAAAUGAUAGAGUGCAGGAGCAGAAUGCACGCAUGCAACGGUCUUUCAUGCUUCAGCAGCUGGGAUUGAGCAUAGUGAGCUCUGCAUUAACUUCUACCCAAAGCACAGAAGAACAGGCAAAUUCUAUGAGCUCAUCAAUCAGAAGUAACAUAGAGCAACGGAGUGCUUUUCCGAUCAGACGUCUCCAUAAACGUAAGCAGACUUCUGAAGAAAGAGCGAGACAACGCAUUAGGGCUCCCAUAGAUGAUUCUAUCAUGUCAGAUGUUACUCCAGAGAGCGCACAGACUGUGGUUCAUUCACGAGAUGAAUUUUUUUCCCCAGACUCGCUGAAAAUUGUAGACAAUUCUAAACCCGAUGGUGUAACUGACAACCAGGAAGAUAAUACUAUUAUGUUUGACCAGUCUUUUGGUGCCCAAGAAGAUGCACAAGUGCCAAGCCAGUCGGACAACAGUGGGGGAAAUAUUUCUCAAAUGUCUAUGGCAUCACAGGCAACUCAAGUGGAAACUAGCUUUGAUCAGGAAACAGCUUCCCAAAAAAAUAACUUUCAGUGUGAGAAUCCUGAGGUUGGACUAAAUGAAAAAGAACACAUGAGGGUAGUGGUGAAAUCUGAGCCUUUGAGUUCUCCAGAGCCCCAGGAUGAAGUGAGUGAUGUGACUUCCCAAGCAGAGGGAAGCGAGUCUGUUGAAGUGGAAGGCGGAGGACCAAGUGCUGAAAAGAUAGAACUGAGCCCCGAGAGUAGCGACCGCAGCUUCUCUGACCCACAGUCUAGUACCGACAGGGUGGGAGAUAUCCAUAUCAUGGAAGUAGCAAAUAACCUGGAACACAAAUCUACCUUCAGUAUUUCAAAUUUUCUGAAUAAGAGCAGAGCCAGCAGUUUUGGUGCUGGCCCGAAUAAUGAGGACAACAUUCCAAAUACAACCAGUGACUGUAGAAUGGAUAGUGAGGCAUCGUAUUUAAUUAGCCAAGAAUCUGGGCCUGCUAAUGGUCAUUCCUCUGCCACUGUCUCUCAUGUAGAGAAUCCGUUCAACGAGAGUGCAGACUCCCAUUUUGUCAGGCCUAUGCAGGAUGUAAUGGGUCUUCCUUGUGUACAGACUUCCGGCUACCGGGCAGCAGAGCAGUUUGGAAUGGACUUCCCCAGAUCUGGCUUGGGGUUGCAUUCUUUAUCGAGGGCAGUCAUGAACUCAAGAGGCGGUGCCACCACCUUUCCUGGGUAUCGCCGCAUAGCUCCCAAAAUGCCUGUAGUGACCUCUGUUCGGAGCGCUCAGAUUCCGGACAAUGCUUCGAAUUCUCAGCUGAUGAUGAACGGAGCCACUUCCUCUUUUGAAAACGGGCAUUCUUCCCAACCUGGCCCACCGCAGCUGACCAGAGCGUCUGCUGACGUUCUUUCAAAAUGUAAGAAAGCCUUAUCUGAACAUAACGUCUUGGUAGUAGAAGGUGCCCGCAAGUAUGCCUGCAAAAUCUGCUGCAAGACUUUUCUAACUUUAACAGACUGCAAGAAGCACAUCCGUGUGCAUACAGGCGAGAAGCCCUAUGCCUGUUUAAAGUGUGGCAAGAGGUUUAGUCAGUCAAGCCAUUUGUAUAAACAUUCCAAAACUACUUGCCUACGCUGGCAAAGCAGCAAUCUACCCAGCACUUUGCUUUAACUCUCUUCCUCAGUUCCAUGAUGCCAAUACAGAUUUUUAAUAAUCCAUGGAACACAAGAGGCGAACAGUUGCAGUGUGAUUGUGCCACACACGCAAAAAAAAGGCUUCUUUUUAAUACUUUUACCAUACCUACCUCACAGGGGUUUUGUGAGGCUUGAACAACUUCUAAAAAGCGCUUUGAAAUUCUCCAGCUCUGACACAAAUGUAAUUCUGAGAAUGCAGUCUUGACAGACAUUUGGGAGUAAGCCCCAUUGAACUCUCUGGGAUUUGCUCCCAAAUAAACAUGCUUAGGAUUGGACUGCAUGUAUUAUAUAUGGAUACAAUCCUUAGUGUCAUUAGUUCUAAGAGUAGGAGAAGGGUUGGAAGAAUGAAAGUGUAGCUAGCACAUAACUAACUAGCAUGUUUCAAAAAGCUGAAGUGGAACCUUUGUAAUGGUUUUUUUUUUAAAUGAUGUGAAAGCAUUUAUCUGUAAAAUAGGUUGCUACAUGGUGUGAACAACGUUACUAAGAGCUCUUUAUUGUGAGACUGCAUAUCUUGAAGAGAAAUGACCUUUGCACCUCAAAGUGCUUUUGGAGUGUGUUAUAGAAUAACAUAGUUUUAGGGGUUCUGAAUGUAUUUUUGGUUGUUUUGCAGUAACAUACACUGUGUAAUGAAGGUGCUUACCUUGAGUCCAAUGCAAGUAACUUUUAGACUGUCAGAUAUAUGUAUGUGUAUAUAUACUUUUGAAUACAGCAAAAUCUAGGUGUUUCAUAGUUUCUCUUUUUGUAAGAUCUUGUACUGAAAAGUAAAGUGUGUUUGUGUCAUGCUUGGUAGUGUUUCUAAUCAAUUUGUAUUUCAUGUGUUAAACUCAACAUUACGUCGUAAAUGAUCCGUCUACUGUUGUUAUUUCAAAAGGCAUUCUUGUAAGUCCUUUGACAGUGAAAGUGAAGGAAUGGGUUUCCCCCUAGGAAAAAUAGGGAUUUUGGUGCAGUUUCAAACUGCCUGCACAGUCAGUUUUGGGUUUGGGAAACCCAUUCCUUCAAAAGUUGCUUUUUCAGGUGCUGCUGAUCAAGCUCGUCUGAAUUUAUGGUACCAUUUUCAAAUACUUUUUUCCUUUUUUAAUGUGCAUUGUAAUAUUAAAAGUCAGUGGUGGCUAGUAACAUUUUGAUGUGGUAGGGCUAGAGUUUUUAAUCUUGCUUUUUUCCUCACAAUAGGACUCAUACGGUACUUUUUUUUUUUUUUUUUAGGAACGCGUGCCAUUACACCAAGUGCAGAGUGCCAUUGUCUUACCACUGAAAACCAUCCAUGACUCUCUGCACAUCUUUGUAGGGGCAGAGCUUCCGAGUUUGGUUUCAGCCUUCCCUAGCCCUAAGGCUACCAGAGCCUCAACAAGUAGGAGAGCACUCACACCCUCCUUUGAAGUUCAGGCUGUUGAAAACAGAUACACAUCCAUUUUGGGGGAAUGCUUUGGAACUGCACGUGGCAGAGGCUAUUACACAGAGGGCAGGCUUUUUCCCGGGGGGGGGAGGCAGGAAGAAAGAGGGGAGCCACAGAAAUUGGUGUGGGUACUAGCAGGAGGCAGAAGCAGAUAGUGGGCUUGAAGCAGCACAAUGCAAGCGACUUGACUGACUUCGACAGUGGAAUUAUGGUUUGAGGGGUGGAUAGGAGAGAGAGAGAUAAAAUGUGUGGGAGGGUACCACCCCAUUUAGACCUAACAACAAGAAUUACUGUAUAUGGCAGUUUAAAGACAACUUUGUAAAAGUGUGCUUCCCCACAAGGAAUCCCAUCCUCAGCAACUGUAGGCAAUCUGACUAUUUCAAGUAAAUUACAGUGAUUUAAAAAAUAAAAUAAAAAAAGUUUUCUCUCUGCGGCAGGCAUCCCCAAACUCAGCCCUCCAGAUGUUUUUUGGGACUACAACUCCCAUCAUCCCUAGCUAACAGGACCAGUGGUCAGGGAUGAUGGGAAUUGUAGUCCCAAAACAUUGGGAGGGCCGAGUUUGGCCAUGCCUGCUCUACGGCAUCCCCAUAAUUAAUUAAAAAAAAUUAAGAUGUAGAUGCUCUAAGAUAGAGCUGAAAGUCUGACAACUUGCUCUUGUUAUAGGCCUUUGCAUGAUCAAAACUGUAAGACGCAUCUAUACUGUAAUAAUGCAUUGAUUUUCACUGCCAACCUUUUGGCAGCAACAGAACACACCCAGUUCUGCUUCUGAGAGUGGGGAAGUUGUCAUUUGGAUGGAACUCAAGUUGCAUUGAGGCCUCAGGGACCAAAGAAGCUGCUUGGGGUUGGCAGAGGGCUGAACACAGCGUAAAAACUGCCAUGACAGCUGGACAUUUAAUCAAAUAUCAAUAAGGCAGGAUGAGAAACCAUCAGUUCUCAGUAAUUUGUGGAUUGGCCACAGUUGGGGAAGCCUGGAAGUCCUUUUAAAACAGGUCAUGGUAACAGCUCCCCCACUGAAGCCUAUGACAAAGUAACUUCCAGCAGUAGAGGCCACUAUAGGAGGGGGCAGGGGGAGACGCUCAUUAUUUUCAGUCUGCUUGCUUUCUGUUUGCUUCUGAUUGAACAGUUGUAGAAAACAUGCCAGUACACAGCAUCUUAAUUACUUUGUAUAAGAUAUAGAGUAUUGCUUUAAAAAAAUAGGUGUGAACUGGAACCUUUUGCUAUAAUACACAAAAGUCUGCCACUGUUUUAAUGCUUUAUUUGAAAGACAGUUUGUCCCAUUUAAUAUCUAUUUGGGGCAAAAAGUAAAAAAAUCCUUCAAAACUCUUCCAGUCUUGCUUCUCACAGCUUGAGUUCGCUUGGCAUGCUUUCUCCUUUCAGUCCAGCCAGAAGAUUGUUGGCAGCCAACACGGACAUGGCAUUCCUUGUGGCGUAGGUGGCGCUUCCAAUAUGAGGCAGAAUUACUGCUCAAGACGGGGGGGUGGGGGGGUGGGGAGGAAGCAAUUUAGGAAACAAGCCAGAAUAAUUUUUAUCGACUUGUAAUCACUAGUUCAUGAAUAUAUUGUUUUAUCAGAUACUAUAUCUUGAUUCAUGAAAUCACUUGCUCAAGCCAACCCAUUCCCUCUGUAUUCUGUUUCCAGGGCCCCUCCUCUGUUAGAUUAAAGAUGAUAUUAUCUGUCUUUUGCAGGGCAUGCCAAUCCAAUUACAGCCCAAAGAUGCCUGCCUUGCGGAAAGGGGCAAGAGUGCAAAAUUCAGAGGAUGCCCUCUGCAUUUUAUUUCUUGCUUUACCCAUGCGCAUACUUAGGGCAACAUUGUGGGAUAGAGUACAGAAAUGCCACAGGACGUAGCUGGCAUAGAUUUCUUUUAAGAACAACUCCCAAUUUAGAAAAGAACAACCCACAGGUUUCUAGCCCUUAUGGUUGCAAAGGUGUUCUUUUGAGACAUUUCCACAAGGAAAAACCUCCGCUUGCUAUUGAGCCUUGCCGGCUCAGUGCAAGUGAGACUUGAGCAGCAUCUGUCUGCUUCUGAAAGGCAGCCGUUAAUUCCCCAGGAGGAGACGGUGCAGAAAUGGCCAUGUGCACAUUAAGUAUUUAGCGGAGAUUCCUGCAUUGCAGGGGAUUGGGCUAGAUGACCCUUUGGGUCCCUUCCAACUCUACGAUUCUAUGAAAUUAAGUCAGCUUACCACAGUUCUUGAGGGAAAGAAGCGGAUUAUCAGCAGGCAGAGGUUCUGGGGUUGUAACAUCCAAGCCCGCUGCUGCGAUGUGGCCAUUGACUAAAGCUUCGUAUAGGUCCUUUUGAUUGACAACAGUGCCCCUAACAGAGCAAAGUGAGAAAAUGGGGUGUGUGAAGGUGUUAUUGAGCCUAUAUUGCACGUUGCAGUAAAUAAUUCAACAAGACUCUCAUGGGGAAAUACAGAUUAUGGCUUUUCUUGACAGCUUAAUACGACCACACUGUUUAUGCCUUGCCUGAAAUGGCAAGGGUGUUGCUUUGCUGGGCUGCAUCCCCCAUCACUCUGGUACUCUAGGAAAUCAUAUGGGGGGGGGGGGCAGCUUCCCCCAAUUGGUGCAAGCAGCAGUGACUUGGAACGGUGCUAAGGAUUAAAUGACUCCCAGGGUCAUUUACUUACUAUUCAACGCAUUGCACUAACAGAAGACAGCACAAUGAUUCGUGCUAGUGCAGUGAGACUUCCCUCCUCCCACUGCACCCUGCACCCAAGCUUCUUGGGGGAGGGGGGAGAGAUUGUUAUGUCAAGCAAACAGAAAUGCUUGAACUGAUGGGACCUUAGCACUAUGCAGAAUACAACCUGCUGAUAUUGUACAUGCUAAGUUUUCUAUUUUGGCAGGUGUUUGCUGCUUUAGGAAUGGAGCUAGGCAACCAGUUAUUAGAUAGACUGAGCAAUAUACAGCACUCACAGGAGCAAUGAACAUCCUGUCUAAGGGAAGGACUGCAGAAUAUUAGUUUUGAGUGGUGCAGGCCUGGAUAGUGAUAGACCUCAAGAGAGAUCCAGCUAGUUAAAGUGUUGUGAAUAUGGAAAGCUUAUUUCCACAAGUGCAGCUUCUUUACAAAACCAGGGUAAAUGUCUCAUAAAGGAAGCACAAUUGCAAUGUAUUUAUCGUACAUGAAGAGAUUUCGACACGGUGGAGGCCCUUAAUUAAAACGGGGAGGGGGAAUGAUUUGUGCAUUUUAAAAAACUCGUGAUAGACAAGGGUAUGUUGCAGAUCUAGGCUCACGCUCCUCCAUACUGUCAUGUUACUUCAGUCAUGCUAUGCAGUAGCACUGGGACUUGGCAUUGUCUUGGGGGAUGUGCCCCCGAUUCCCAGCCUCCACUCUGGGCCACAUCUGGUUUUACCUGCUUGUGUUGAUGAACACAGACGUCUUCUUCAUCUUGCAAAAGAAGUCCCGAUUGCACAUCCCCUGAGUGUCGGGUAUCAGAGAACAUGUCACAAUGACAAAGUCCGACUCUUCCGCUAGCUUGGCAAGGGGCACUGGAGAAAAGAAAGAAAGAGGAAACUCACUGUGGUCUGUUUAAGAGGUUUACCUACUUUCACUAGCUUUUCCUAUUCACCAAAACAGCAAGGGUCCUUCUGAAUAGAGUCAGGAGAGCAGGGAUGAUUCAGGCAUGCUUGAGUCUGCACAAUUACGCUUUUGGCACUCCUUGAACCCUGUUGAGGCAUUCAUAUGAGCCAAGUCAACUGGGAGGAAUUGCCCUACUUCUGUUUUCAGAGUGUACUGUUCUCCCCACCACCAUGAGGACGAUGAUGUACAGCGAUGUGUGCGUAUCCAAGUGUUCUGUUCUUUCAAAAGGAUCCUGUUUGACUCAUUGAACUACGUGGCACUGUGGGCUCUGAUUUGCUCUGAACAAAAACCUAACAACCAUCCAGUUUGUGCUGUACUUUGCCUGAAGGGAUGGAUGACUUAUCUUCCAAAACACACAUGCGCAAGGUGCAUGUGGCUGCCAUGUUUGUUCCAUAUUGACUCUUGACUUGCGGUGCUAUCCCGGUGCAGCAGUCGGUACGUCUCAUUGUAAACAGCAUGUCUCCGGAAGGGAAUUGCUGUUCUCUAAGCGAGACUAAGGUUAACUGGUGAUAGCUGGGUCCCUGCUUUGACAAUGCUUGCCUGACCAAAUGACUUAGGGGGUGGGGUGCAUAACCCUGAUUCACAAAGGGAUGUAUACUCCUCACUUUUAACUAUGGUCACUGGGAAGGAGAACAAAUAAAUUUUGUCAAACUG